ACUUAGGAGAAGCUUAGAUUUCAGGAAUGGCUGGUUUUUGAGGAGGUUAUUAUUUAAGGGUAUUAAUUAAAAAAAUUGUAUGUAUUUACCAGGGUUCAGGUAAAACACUAGCCUUUGGGAUUCCAAUUCUCACCCACAUCCUUGGCCACGAGUCCAGUCAAGAAGCAGGUGAAACUACAGAAAAUACUACCAAAAAUAAUACCACAAAUGCCACAGAAAUUGGUACUGGAAUGUCCAAGCUCAAGAAACCACUCUUGGUGUUGAUAAUGACACCAAGCAGAGAAUUGGCUCUACAACUAAUAAAUCAUCUUAAACAGGCUGCAAAACACACAUCUUUAGAGGUAACUUUAUGUACUUAAAUUGACAAUUUGGAAGUCAUCUCCACAGUAAGAUUCUGUUUUCCCAUUGUUAGAAACUCCAUUAUUACUUUAUUUUUAUUGGCCCAAGUCAAUUUUGUCUUGUGAGCCUUCAAUACUAUUUUUUUCAUUGGAACAGAAGGCAAACCUAUCUCUUAUUUGGAAAGUAUUUUUUAAUUUUUAUUGGGAAAUAUGAUUUUGUAGCCUCAACAGGCUCAGGCAACUUAAAUGACAAUGAAUUAGUGCUGAAAACACAUUUAUUCCCACAAAUAUAAACUUUUGUGGUACCAUAUUCUGGAGUUAAAUAUUUAUUUUAUGUACAGCCCUUCAACAGUAAAGUAUAUAAAAACCCUUUUGUUCAGAAAAUCACAAUCCUAAUUUGUAUAGGUUGAACCAGCCCCUAUGAUGUACCAUUUACUCCCCUACCCUCCCCUCCCUUACCACCCCUUCUAGUCCUGUUUCAACUUGUAUCUUUUAUCAGAGAAAUACCCACCAAACAAAGUACCCCGUGGUUCGAGGAAUGACACCUCAAAAACAACAGAGGCUUUUAAACAAGUGUCCUGAGAUAAUAGUAGCCACCCCGGGAAGACUGUGGGAUUUGAUUUCUGAGGUAGGUACCUCAUGUAUCAUAAGUUGUACUGAUUCACUUUCUUUUAGAGAUCUGAAACAUUUGACACACACUUGUACAUGUGGGUAUGUUUCUCAUGAGAUUGGUUGUCCUGUGUAGUUUUCAGCAUAAAAUUGGAUUGCCAUUAUGUCGCAUAAGUUUUUCCGUGCAUAAAACGCCGUAAAAAAUAAUAAGGACAGCUAUUUUCCACUGCUAUGUAAACAUCAGAACUGGGCGUUUUUUUUUUCCAUAUACCCAACGGUGAAAUUGGAAUGUAGCCUCUUUCUAUCAAAUGGAUGAUUCUAAGAGAUAUCUGCUGGCGGCGUUUAAUUUCAGGGUGAAGAGCAUGUCUGCCGUUUGGAGCACUUGAGAUGUCUUGUGAUUGACGAGGCAGACAGAAUGGUGGAGCAAGGCCACUUUCAAGAAUUAUCUUCAAUAUUGGAGCUCAUUCAUAGAAAGAGGUACAUACCACAUCUACAUUAGCGUAUUUUCAAUGGACUUCAAUUUCCAUUGGAGCUUGAAUUUCUUUCAAGCUUCUCUUUCCGAAAUGGUUUUCAUGACUGUCAACCAGUAAACUGAGGUAAAUGACUCUCUUUUUAUCAAAUUUUAACUUUAAUGUUUCCUUUUCGCAGUGAUAAUGAUGAAGAUGAGGGAACUGCAAAGCGAAGACGUCUACAGAAGUUUAUUAAAUCUCUGCAACUUAAACUCUUGCAAAGUCGUUUAAUAGGAAAGGAAAAGAAAAGAAAGUCACAAGUGAAGAAGGCUUAGGUAAAUCACGGCAUAUUUGACUCAGAGUAAUAGAAGCUAGAGAUAGUAUCAACGUAUUUUAUCAGCUAUUGCUUAAGGAAUGAAAUAUUUGCUAUUCCUGAAUUAUUUCUCUGUGUUUGUUAACAGCUUUACAUUCACUGCAGUGGACGGACAGCUAGAGCAACCAGGGAGGGUCCGAGUGUCGUUCUUGUUGGCCCAGAAGAAAUGGGAUCAUACAAGAAAAUUAUGAAGGCGCUUAAUGGAGGUGAUGUGUCUUUAUUAUGUCCAAAGUAUCUCUUUAACAGUCAAACUCUAAGAGGUUAUUUGCAAAUCCCCCUUUAAGGUAAAGUAAAGCCUUUAUACAGGCCCAAGUGGCCCAUGGGGCUGGCGCUUAACUCUGGUUUCCUUUAGCAUGAAGCGGCUAGGAGUAUUGCUACUCCCCCUGGAUGGGAUGCCAGUCCAUUGCAGGGUUACCCCCUGCAUAUUUGCUGGUACCCAUUUGUACACCUGAGUGAAGAGAAGCUCUGUGAGAGUAAAGUGUCUUGCCUAAGAACACAACACAAUGACCCCGGCCAGGGUUCAAACCCGGACCACUCGAUCCGGAGUCGAGCGCACUAACCAUGAGGCCACCUUUAGGGUGCCAUAGUCUAAAUCUCCUUUUUAGUUAGAUACAACUUUAUGCCUUAACGUUAGUAUGCAAACAAUUCUCCAUGCAUACUGUUCUCUAUAUAUUUCUUAAGGUGUUGACAUGGAGAUUUCGUGUAACAAUCAAGAGGUUCUUUAGUUGGUGAUCAUUUCCUCUAUUCUCGUGACUUGAAAGGGAACCUUCAGUGUUAAAUCAAAUACUGCUAAAAAGGCUCUAAAUGGAUCAAACUCAAGAUAUUUGGUACUUAAAAUCAUACCUCUAACCUUGAUAAUUUUUUUCGGCCUUCAAAACUGGCCUUCACGGCAACUUCGAACUACCCGCGUUCUCCAUCUUUUUAGGUGCGCAAGGCAUUUUGGGUUGAUGACAUGUAAUGGUUGCUCCGUUCUUUCGUAGUUGGGGUUAUCUUGGGGUUUUCCCCAAGCAAAAUGGCUAAUUGCGAAGCGUUCGAGUGCUCCAGUCCAGUAAAAACCAAGCAGGAUCCCAAGCUUCGCUUUUUUAGCUUGCCAAAAUAGAACAGUUAUUGACGUGCAGGAUUCAUGCCAUUGGACGGACAUUUCUUCCAAAAGAUUUGCGUGUGCGUUCGGAGCAUUUCGAGGACCAUUGCCUCCAUAGAUGAUAUCUAAUGCGAGUACGGAUAGCUUUGUUAACAGGAGAAUGAUUGGAUACCCAUUUGAUAACAAGGUUAGGGGAUAAUUUUAAGUACCCAAUAUCUUGUAUUUGAUACAUUUAUAGCCUUUUGAGAAAUAUUUACAUGGGUGUGACAGUCGUUAGGAGAAGUUGGAGGCUGGUCACUCUUAUGUAUCACAGGGUUAAGAAAAUUUGUCAUCGCACGAAGAUGAAACCCCUCUAGUUGAUAAAUAUUUCUUUUAGCUGCAACAAAUAUUUUAGGAGGAAAAGGUACAUCGUAAUCGUCUCUAGGAGUUUACUGAGCCCGACCACAAUUUAACCCUUUACACCCUUAAAAUUAAUUUGCAUUUUCUCCACACCAUUUUCCAUGAAUUUUCUUUCGAACUAAUAAGGAGAAUUUGUUUAACAAUCAAGAGUUUCUUUAGAUGGUCGUUCCCUUUAUUCUCGUGACCUUUAUGUUUGAUUCAGGAGUGAUGCUGUGAGAAGAAACUAGAUGCCAGUCAUUAAUAAGGGUUUAAGGGUUAACUUACAGUCUCUCGUAUCGUUCGUCUGUUUGUUUCAUAUUUUUGUUCAUAUUUGUUUUCUUGAUUUUAUUCUUUCUCAAAUUUUGUGUUGCAGGAAACGAGCUAGACUCCUUUCCAGUUGAUGUGUCUUUUAUGUCCUCCAUUAGGAAAAGAAUUUCUCUCGCCAAGCAAAUUGACAAAGAAGAACACAAGUAGGUGAAGAUGAAAAAGACGAAAACAAUAACAGAGAAAUAUGGCAUUUAUCUUUUGGGUAGCCCUUGGGUUUUUUUUGUUGUUGUUGUUGUUGUUGUUGUUUGUUUUUUCGCGUAAGAAAAAGGCCCAAUUUGACAGUCGAACUUGACAGCUCAGCAUUUAGUGCAUAAAGAAUUGUUCACGCAGUUACCGAUCUUCUCUCCUUCAUUCUCAAUUCCUUCCAACCCUCCCCUCCCUUUCCCUUUGUCUAAACUCCCCUUCUUAUGAAAGCCAUCGAACCAUAUUCACAGGUUUAGGCGCAAAAAGUCAAGUAAUGACUGGAUACUUACCUCUGCCAAAGCCAUGGACAUUGAAGUUGACAAAGAUUUGUAUCUUUUUUGAUGAGAUGAUUCGUUCAUUUAGAUGCAAAUUCUCGAUCAUUACGCUCCUGUGGGCGAUCACACGGUCUGGGACUAACUAGACUAGUAGCUUCAACAUCAGUCUUAGGCGGAACUGGUGUCUUGGAACUUUACUGUCUCGAAGGUUUGAUGUCACAUUUUAUAAACUGUCCUGUUCAGUUUAUUUUCCUUAAAAGAGUUUUUUACAGACUGGAAGAUCUCGGAGAUCAGGGAGAAAGGAAAGAGCGACAAGUAAAGCUGAAGCAAUUGAAAGGUAAUCAACCUUUAGUUAAGGCAGACAAUGGUUGUACUGACAGUCCCACCAAAAAUAAUGGAUCUUGCAGGCUGAUAAUAUCCUAGUGCAAUAAAAAUAGGUUACAUUUGGCUUGCAGUAGUAGGGUGGGGUGAGGAUUAUUGUUCCCAUGGUUCUUACGUUUGAGUUCUAUGUGAAAGUAUGAAAAGGUAGUAAACAGUCUUGAUUUCCAGCCUUAUGUGGGUUAGCGUUAGCUUAGGCUGUGUCAAGUGCUCCUUUCAUUUAUUGGUGAAAUUUUUAUACAAACUAUAUCAGUGCCGUUUUACUUUACAGCGGAACUUACUGGUUUGCCAAAGACACCUCUGAUUCCUGCUGGUUUUAGUGGAAAGUACCCGACUAAAACUGGAUCCCUUAUAAUGCCAGGGAUCAAAGGUAUUAAGUGAAUAGAGAAACAAGAGUAUUUUGAGGGACAAAAUGAUGUGUUGCUAAACACAUCGUUUUGUGAUCUUUACUGAGAGUAUUAUUAGUGAUUUAACAGAGCUAGUGUCAACUGAGGCUCCUUUUGUUUUGUUUUGUUUGUUUGUUUGUUUGUUUGUCUUUUAUAUUCUCUUUUCCUGCUGCCAUCCGCUGGUUUUAUGGUCCGUAUGUUUUUUUUUUAAUGAGAUAACUGCUUUUUGCCUUUCCUAUUCAUGUGCCAAUUGUUUAAAUGUUCGUUUUAUUUCGGUAUUCACAGCCGACACGAAUUUGGAAGAUAAUGAAAAAGUGGCUGUUGAAGAUGUAAGAAGAAAGAAAAGAAACAAGAAAAGCAAAACGUAA